AAAAAAAAUUAUCAGGACCCGGUGGGUUAUUUCACGUUCAAAUGCCCCCAUUUAGACCACGAACUCGUAAUUUAAACAAAAAAUGACUCAAAAAACUGUGCCAAAUUCCACGAAACUCGAUAUCAAACCGUAGAAUUUUACCGCUGUGUUGGUAACCCUUCCCGCUCUAAGUUACCUAACCUAACAUUUCCAAGUUAUAAACAAGAGAAAAAUGAGUGACGUUAAUAUUGAUAUUGAGCCUCCCCCUAUCCUCCCUGACAUAACUGACGAGUUGAGGGACUACCUCAUAUGCCCUGAGAGGCUCCCCAUCCAUAGAUAUGAAACGAAUCAGGAGUUUUGGCCUCGGACACCCGAUUUAAAAGAGUUACUUUUCUUUGAGGAGUCUCCUUUAUGUACGACUUUGAAGGUGCAACGUGACCCAAACACUGGAGAGAUAAUAGAAUUUAGGGAAAUUCCCAUACAGUCAGCGGGUGCAAACGCCACAAAUUCCAUGUCUUUGACCAGACAACCUGCGCCCCCUUCGGAGGCCACAAGGGGGAACGCCUCUUUUAUCCCCUUUUGGCCAGCUAGUUUUCCCGAUCCUGUGUCACAGUUGCCCAAACAAGAACUAUUAGACACAGAAUUACUAACUGUCCCUCCUGGUUUCACACGCGGCAUUGUUUUUGCAAGCGACGGCAGAACAGUCUUAUCGAAAGAAACUCCAAGAGAAAAAGAAUCAGUUGAGGUUCCUGCCAACGUUGUCAAUCUAUUUGAGAUAAUUCAAGAGGAUCCAAACUUUUUUGGAACGCUCGAAAAUGCAAACAUUAAAAAACCUGACGACAUUUCCGAACAUAAACAACGCGAAACGCUCCCUGAAGAAGAAGAAGUUUUGCCUAACGACCCCCCUAUCCUAAAAAUCAGCACCGUACCGCCCCCUACCGAAUUCAAAAGCACAGAAUGGGCAAUCCUUCUCGACACUUCAAAGCCAGUCAAAGAUUUCAAAGAGCGAAUCCCGGAAAUGGCCUACGAGUUCCCGUUUGAAUUAGACACGUUCCAGAAAUUGGCGAUUUUGCAACUCGAGCAACACAAUCACGUGUUCGUUGCUGCGCACACCUCGGCCGGCAAGACAGUCGUGGCUGAGUACGCAAUAGCCCUCUCGCAAAAACACAUGACCCGGACCAUAUACACAAGCCCGAUUAAGGCGCUCUCCAACCAAAAAUACCGCGAUUUUAAAAAGGAAUUCAAAGAUGUUGGUUUGAUAACUGGUGAUUUCCAAAUCAACCAAACCGCCUCUUGCUUGAUAAUGACCACGGAAAUCCUCCGUUCGAUGUUGUACUGCGGAAGCGACAUAACGCGCGACUUGGAGUACGUUAUUUUCGACGAAGUUCACUACAUUAACGACAGGGAACGGGGCCACGUCUGGGAGCAAGUUCUGAUCCUGCUCCCUGCACACGUUUGCGUGGUUCUACUGAGCGCAACGGUCCCCAACACCAUCGAAUUUGCCGACUGGUUGGGCCGAACCCAUCAGAGAAAAGUCUACGUUAUUACAACGUACAAAAGACCGGUGCCUUUACUACAUUUUUUGUAUACGGGCACCGGGGGCGCGUCUCGGGACAACCGCUACUUGGUCCUCAAUUCAGAGGGCUGGAAAAUGGGGGGCUAUGCCGCAGCCGUGGCCUCCUUGCCUAAAGUCGACCCGAAAUCGGCAUACCCGCAAGCCAAGUCGCAAUAUUACAACUUUACGCCGAAGCAGGAAAAAGUGCUAUGGAACGGUUUGGUUGAUCAUUUGAAUCGAAAGAAUUUGUUGCCGAUUGUGGCGUUCACUUUUUCGAGGGCUAAAUGCGACCAAAAUGCCGAGAAUUUGAUGAGUUUGGAUUUGACCACUCAGAAGGAGAAAGCGCAGAUUCAUAUGUUUUUCGAGAAGUGUGUCAGGAGCUUGAAGGAGCCGGACAGGAAUAUUCCGCAGAUUUUGAGGAUGAGGAAUAUUUUGCAUAAAGGGAUUGGGGUGCACCACAGUGGGGUUUUGCCCAUUAUUAAGGAGAUUGUGGAGAUGCUGUUCCAGAAGGGCCUGAUCAAGUUGCUGUUUGCUACUGAAACCUUCGCUAUGGGGGUCAACAUGCCCGCUCGAACCGUGGUGUUCGACUCGAUAACGAAACACGACGGACAAGAACGACGAAACCUGAAACCUGCCGAAUAUAUUCAAAUGGCUGGGCGAGCAGGUCGUCGAGGUCUGGACAGCGAAGGCACUGUUAUAAUCCUUUGCAAAAAUAAAAUUCCAAAAGUGGAAGAACUCCAAGCCAUGAUGUUAGGGACUCCCAAUGUUUUGCAAAGCCAGUUCCGACUGACUUACGGAAUGGUCUUGAGUUUGCUUCGCGUUGAAAGCCUAAGUGUUGAGGGUAUGAUGAGUAGAAGUUUCCGCGAAGCGGAUCAUCAGAAAAAAAUGGUCGACAAACAAAACGAAUUGUUAGAAGUCGAGAAGGAAAUACGAGAUUUGUGCACACAAGAAUUGAGCAGUUAUUUGCAACCGUUGGUUAAGUUCUACAACUGUGCUUCGUCUUAUUUAGAAGCGCGGAAAAAGUGUUUGGACAAUGUUAUGUCAUCACCUAAAUUAAUUAAAGUGCUAACGCCUGGACGAAUCAUUCUGAUAACACACAAGUCACACGUGAACAAAUUAGCUUUGUUAUUAUCAAUAGUUCGAGGCAAAAAACCGACUUACAAGGUCCUAGUUUUAACCGACUCAAAACCAGAAAUAAAGGAAGAAAAAAACGAUCUUUGGUAUAAAAUGAUAGGCCUGGCCAGUGACAACAUUUAUGCCCCUGGAAGCUCACCCGGACACGCAAUUUUGACGAUCCCAACAGAAGAUAUCUUCGAAAUAACGCACAAAACUGUGAAAGUCGACACAGAUUUGGUGAUCAAAGACUGGGAAAAGCGACAAAUCGAGCGGUUUCGCAACGACCCGGUUGGACAAACGUGCCAACAGGCCAUCCAGGAGUUACACAAGUUUACAAUUUCGGUGAACGAGGCGAAAAAUCAGGAGAAAUUGUCGUAUUUGCACCUGAUUCAGGACUUGAAAGUGAACGAACACCAAAUUCACGACGAUCUCCAAGUCGUGUACAAAUUCAAAGACAUAUUAAUUGACCACUUGCCAAGCACCCAAAUUCCCAAUUUCGAGCAACAGUUCGCGUCCGUGUUCACGCGCACGUUUUUGGAGCGGAAAAGGGACGACUUAAAGCACUAUCUUUCUAGUGCUAGUCUCUCCUUGUACCCGGACUACGAAAAUCGGAUCGAACUUUUGAGGACUUUGAAAUAUGUUGAUUUGCAAAAUAGAGUGCAGUUGAAAGGACGUGUUGCGUGCGAGAUGGGCAUGAACGAAUUGUUGAUUACAGAGUUGGUGUUGAGGAAUAUUUUAACGAAGCUUCAACCGGCGGAAGUCGCCGCGUUGUUGUCCGCUUUGGUUUUUUCCCCUAAAAAAGAUAAUAGGGAAGAGGAGACUGUUCACAUAACUGAUGACUUAACAAAGGCCAUGAAGGAGAUGCAAAAUAUUCAUCAGGAAAUUGCCAAGUUGGAAAUGAAUCUGGACAUCAAAACGGAUGAGUUUCAAAAUGACUUAAAUUUUGCUCUGAUCGAAAUAGUGUACGAGUGGGCUUCCGCAAAGCCGUUUGCCGAUAUUAUGUGUUUGACCGACAUUCAGGAAGGUAUUAUUGUACGGUGUAUUCAGCAGUUGAAUGAUACAAUCUGUGAUGUAAGAAAUGCCGCAAGAAUAAUCGGAGAUCCCGAAUUGCAAAAUAAAAUGGAAGAAGCUUCAGCUGCUAUUAAGCGUGAUAUUGUUUUUGCCGCCAGUUUGUACACCAACGAUUUAUAAAAAUUUCUUAAUAAAAAAAUGGUUCAAAUCGC